GCCCGCUCCAGCUAUUGUUUCUCCUCCUCCAAGGUGCGAGCGAGGUGCAGUGCUCUUCUCUCCUCUCCUCUCCUCUCGCGCCUCCUCCCCACUCAUCGUCGCCGGAGAGAAUGGAAGUCCGCCGGAGGCUACCAUCGCGGCCCCCCUCUGUCGUCGCCCCCUCCCCCUUUCGCGACGGAGGAGCCUGUCUCCCCCCCUCCUCGUCCCCCGCCGUCCCCCGGCUCCAGGCGUCGGACGCCCUCCCCCUCCCGAUCCGGCACACCAACCUCCUCUUCUCCGCCCUCUUCGUCGGCUCUCUCGUUUUCCUCAUGCGCCGUUGGCGCGAGAAGGUCCGAUGCUCCACCCCGCUCCACCUCCUCGGCCUCUCCGAGAUCCUCGCCAUCGUCGGCCUCAUCGCCUCCCUCAUCUACCUCCUCAGCUUCUUUGGCAUCGCCUUCGUCCAGUCCAUCGUCUCCUCCCACGACGAGGAGGACGACUUCCUCCUCUCCGGCGCCGCCCCCGAUUCUGCCCCCUCUCCUGCCCCCAUUUGCCCACUUCUCUCCACGGAUGGAACCAUCUCCUCUCAGAGGAACCUGGAGAUCACUGCCGAUGACGAGGAUAUUGUCUCCUCCGUGGUCUCCGGGAAGAUCCCAUCUUAUGUCCUCGAGUCCAGGCUCGGCGAUUGCAGGAGGGCCGCGGGGAUCCGUCGGGAGGCCCUCAGGAGGAUCACCGGAAGGACUUUGGAGGGGUUGCCGCUCGAUGGUUUGGACUACGCGUCGAUCUUGGGACAGUGCUGCGAGCUCCCGGUGGGGUAUGUUCAACUGCCGGUGGGGAUCGCGGGGCCUUUGGUACUUGACGGAAGGGAAUACCAUGUGCCGAUGGCGACCACAGAGGGAUGCCUGGUGGCCAGCACCAACAGGGGUUGCAAGGCAAUCGCAGAAUCCGGAGGGGCCACGAGCGUGGUGCUGAGGGACGGCAUGACUAGGGCACCUGCCGUGAGACUCCCGACGGCAAGGAGGGCCGCUGAUCUCAAGGCCUUUUUGGAGGAUCCCAACAACUUCGAGACCAUCGCCUUGGUGUUCAACAGGUCUAGCAGAUUUGGCAGGUUACAAGGAAUCCACUGUGCCCUCGCUGGGAGGAACCUCUAUAUGAGAUUCAGUUGCAGCACAGGAGAUGCAAUGGGGAUGAACAUGGUCUCCAAAGGUGUGCAAAAUGUCUUGGACUACCUGCAGAAUGACUUUGAGGACAUGGACGUCAUCAGCAUCUCAGGUAAUUUUUGCUCGGACAAGAAGCCUGCUGCAGUGAAUUGGAUUGAAGGACGGGGUAAAUCGGUGGUCUGUGAGGCAAUCAUCAAGGAGGAGGUGGUAAGGAAGGUUUUGAAGACCAAUAUACCUGCAUUAGUGGAACUCAACACGAUCAAGAACCUUGCUGGCUCAGCCAUAGCUGGAUCUCUUGGGGGCUUCAAUGCUCAAGCUAGCAACGUUGUGUCUGCCAUCUACAUAGCCACUGGCCAAGAUCCAGCUCAGAAUGUGGAGAGUUCACACUGUAUCACCAUGAUGGAAGCUGUGAAUGAUGGAAAGGAUCUUCACAUCUCUGUGACCAUGCCAUCCAUUGAGGUUGGCACAGUUGGAGGUGGGACUCAACUUGCUUCCCAGGCUGCCUGCUUGGACCUACUUGGUGUGAAGGGUGCAAGCUUGGAGUCUCCUGGUGCAAAUGCCAGACGCCUCGCCACUGUCGUGGCCGGUGCAGUUCUGGCUGGGGAGCUGUCUCUCCUCUCAGCUCUUGCAGCUGGCCAACUUGUGAUGAGUCAUAUGAAGUACAACAGAUCCAGCAAAGAUUUCUCCAAGGCUGCCUGCUGAAAUUCUUCUAGAAUGGCUUUUCUAAGGAUGAACAAAGGUUUUUAAAGGAAACAACAGCAAAGAAAAAAAUCUGAUGAAAAGAAGCUAUCGGAUGUUAUCUCUUGGUUUUUGUGGGUUCUUCCAUUUCUUCUAAGCUGUUCCUUAGGAUGGCCUUUGCAGGCUACUGUUGCAUUCAAGUGACUCCCUUUGCUGUACCAUUUUCUUAUUAACAAUUCUGUCAUGCAUGUAAUUUUUAUUUGUGUUGGAUAAUGUGAGAACUCCGAAAGGUUU